AUGAGUAAAUAACCUGAGUAUAUUCUUGACUCAUAUAAAGUGCCUUAUUAUUUAUAAGACUCAUGCGUAGAUGAAUAUGUGUACUACCAAUAAUGUCUAAGACACAAUCCUCGAUUUUUUGAAAAUAAAUUGAUUCAUUCUUUACCAUUUGCAAGUGCUUUGAGUAAUUGUGCAAAAAAAUAAUAAAUAUUUGUGAGGGUAAAUUGAUAUUUUGAAUAUGUUAGUGUUAAGAAUAUAGAGAGAGAGAAUUAUUUGAAGAGAUGAGAAAGAUCUAUGUUGAAAGUGUUAGAAAAGGAGAAGAAAGAUGA